AAAAACUGACACUUAAGUAGCGAACACUGUCGGUUGUGUUUUCUUAAAUUCAUGCGCCGCGCGCUUGCUCGAAACGCAUUCUCCGCAUGUAUAACAAAAAAUAAUCAAUAGUAAAUAACAUGCGCGUAUACCACCUUGAGUUGAAGUAUAUUUCAUUGGUUUUUAUAUUUAAACAAUGUUUUUAAUUCUCAGUGUUGAUUGUAUAGUGGUAUAAUAAACGCAAAUGUUUGAUAGAACAAAGCAAUGUAAACUUUCACAUAAAAUGAUGAUUCGUCUAAACAAUUUUUUGUACGUUUUCAAUUUACGUCAAGGCACAAUUCUUAUAGCCGUCCAUCAAAUAGCACUAUCUUCGUUCGUGUUGAUAAUAUUACUCGUUGGUAUAUCUCAUGUCGGUGAGAUGCUAUCAAUGCUACACAAUGAUAUGGAAGAUGAUGCAGAGAGGAGAGGGUUCUAUGAGGUAGCCGCCUAUGGAGAACAGUUGACUUUCCACGAAGGAGACGUAAUCAGUACUAACAACCAACGAAGGUUUGCUAAGGCGCAACAUCUGGCAUCAGUAACGGUGAUAUUCUUGUACACUAGUACGAUACUGACGUCCAUAUACCUGAUGUGCUGCAUUUCGCUGCUUCACGGCGCUGUUAAGUACAAGCGGGAGUACGUGGUGCCGUGGAUAAUGGCCGCGUGCGUGGGUGUUGGACUACUCAUUGUCGCCAUAGUUAUUGGUGAUGGAUACCCAUGUGUUAUCAACCUCUUUGGGGGGCAUAAUCUUUAUCAUUUCGGAUGUGCGCUUUUCGUUUUGACAUUCAUUUACGCAAUUUGCGCGGUGAGUAGCUUCGCGCUGGAGACCGGCGGCAGAUGUCGCGCCGCGCGUGCCACAAGCGACGAGAGAGGAGAGAGACUGCUACUGCUGGACCACGUAGCCCACUCUAGCCUGCUCUCUGCCGCCCAACUGAAUAAACUGUCCCACGGCACGCGGUCACAAUUCGUUUAAGUCGGACUUCUUAGUUACAAAUGCCUAAUACUACACUUUUGCCUUCCGUCCGGCGAAAUAUUUAUUUGCAAAAUACUCAUCGUUUCAGCCUGUUUUCGAAAUAUCAAUAAUAUACUGGACGUACUGUUUAAAUUUUAUUCGAGCACUUAAAAUUAUUACGAAUUGUAAACAACUAACAAACAUGAUGAUAUUCACAUCAAAGGUCAUAAAUUACAUAAAAUGUUAUGAUAUAAUAGUUCAACAAUUUAAAAAUAUAUAUAUCAUUCAAGUACUAGCGUCAACUACGGCAAAUUGACUGUUGAGAAGCAAAUUCUCUCCAGAUUACUGCUAUGCAUUCGUAGAUGUACCUACGUCUAUUAUUCUAAUAAUAAUAUUCUAUGUAAAAACUCCAAAACAACCCGUUAUUUGUGGUAAAGUCAAUUAUGUAUAAAAGUUCACAAAAAAUAUUCUUUACACUAGUAACGAAUAUUUUUUGUGAACUUUUGCU